UGCAGAAAUAGGAAGGAAUCCCUCGAGAGCCUUCACAGUAACCUGCUCUUUUUCUGCUCACACAGGCAAAAUGAACAUUCAAGAAUAUUUUUCAAGAAUUUCUUAUGAUGGGUCCCAUAAGGAUGCAGACUUGAAAACCUUAACAGCCAUCUUCCAGCACCAUAUCCGUGCGAUUCCCUUUGAAAACCUCAGCAUGCACUGCGGAGAGAGCAUUUAUCUGGAUUUAGAGCGUACAUACAAUAAGAUCGUGAGAAAGAAACGUGGUGGAUGGUGCCUGGAAAACAACUACCUUUUAUUUUGGGCUUUGCAAAGAAUAGGGUACGAUGUCUGUAUUCUUGGAGGCAACAGUUACAAUCCAGCAGAGAGAACAUAUAAGGCUGACAUGGAUCAUGUCCUGCUAAAGGUAGUGAUCGAUGGCAAGUCCUACAUUGUAGACAGUGGUUUUGGUGGUACCUAUCAAAUGUGGCAGCCAGUGCUGCUGGUUUCUGGGCAGGAUCAGCCUCAGGUUCCUGGCAUCUUCCGCUUGACGGAGGACAACGGUACCUGGUACUUGGAGAAAAUAAAAAGGAAGCAUUGCAUUACAGAUCAAAGUGACCCUUCAGCUGAUAAUCCAGGAAUGAAGGAGAUUAGAAAAAUGCAUUCAUUCACUCUUGAGCCACGAGAUAUGAAUGACUUCCAGGAGCUAAACUGGAUCCUACAGACAUCUGAUAACUUACUUCAUAAAAAGUCAAUCUGCACUCUCCAGACCACUGAUGGGGUUUGUAACCUAGUUGGAUGGACCUUCACUGAGGUGAAGUACAACUACAUGGAGGACAUGGACAUGGUGAAGAUCACUACUCUUACAGACGAAGAGGUCGAGAAGACGCUGAAAGACACAUUCAAUAUAAUCUUAGAGAAUAAACUUAAACCAGUAAACAUUCGUGGCUUGCCACCUAAUUUAGCUGAUAUGGUGUGA